AUGGCAUCACAAAAGGUCACAAGUGCUCUGGCAGCCAUCGAAUCCACACCCCACCAACCAACCAAGCUUCAAGAAUACAACAGCCUCCUCAAUGACAUUGUCGCUAGCUCAUCGGGUGACGAAUUAGCUCAAGACGUAGUUUACUACCUUGACUCUAUCCUUAACGAAGACAUCAGUAUUGUUGCCGCUCGACCCCUCCUCGACUCCUUCAUCUCCGUCCUCCAAAAAUUCGACCCCGAAGUCAAAAUCAAAGUCGGUCAACACGCGGUCACGCUCCUCCAAACUCGCGCUACAUCUGCCGAAGAGCAAGACUCACAGAUUCGUGAGAUAUUAGCCGAAGCCUACGAGUCACAAGAGGAAUACACUGCUGCGGCCCGGGCACUUCAAGGAAUUAGCAUCGAUAGCUCGCAACGAUUGGUUUCUGAUGAAGCCAAAGCGAAGCUCUGGAUCCGAAUCGUGCGCUAUUACCUUGAAGACGAAGACACCACCAGCGCAGAAACUUUCCUUAACCGCAUCAAGAACUUACCCAGCAAAAUUGAAGACCAUGACUCAAAGCUAUACUUCCAACUUUCGCAAGCUCGCAUUCUCGAUGCGCGUCGUCGAUUUCUGGAUGCGGCACAGGAAUAUUUCAACGUCAGCUUAGCUGCGGGUGUGGACGAGGGUGAUCGGCUUGUAGCGUUGUCAGCUGCUAUCCGGUGUGCGGUAUUAGCGCCCGCUGGCCCACAGCGCUCGCGCACUCUUUCCCGUCUCUACAAGGAUGAUCGUGCUUCUUCUGUAGAUGAGUUUUCUAUACUCGAGAAGAUGUUUCUUGAUCGACUUCUUAACGCAGACGAGAUUGCUGCCUUUGCUCAAAAACUUGCCCCCCAUCAGCUUGCUGUCACUGCCGAUGGCACGACUGUCCUUGACAAGGCGGUUAUCGAACAUAAUCUCGUGGCAGCGAGUAAGCUUUAUGAGAAUAUUAACGUCGAUGCCUUGGGAUCUAUACUGGGUCUGAAAUCUUCUGCUGAUAUGUCUGCGGGAGAAAAGGCCGAGGCCUAUGCUGCGCGAAUGGUUGAACAAGGACGUCUAUACGGCCGGAUUGACCAGAUUGAUGGAAUAAUUUCCUUUGACAUUGGAUCCACUGGUGGUUCCGCGUCUGGGGGAGGUCUACGACAAUGGGAUGUUGGGGUACAGGAGCUCGCAGAAGAUGUGGAGCGAGUAGCGGGUAAUAUUUCAGAACAAUUUCCGGAAUUUCUUACGAGUCAAAUGGUGAACUAA